UAUCAUGAUCACAAUUUAUCCUUAUUCCUUAAAUUAGUUUUAAUCUGUACUAUAAAUACUAUAUAUGUUUGUAGUUGUGUAAUUUUAUUCCUUGUGAGGAAAUCUUUAAACCGUUCGAACUGGUCCAUCGAGGGCCACUAAAAGCAAAAGAUUUGAAAGGGAAAUGAUAAAAAGAAGGGAUCCUCCAAUUUAUGUUUCUAAUCCAAUAUAUGAGAAUGUGUGUGGAGCAGAUGCUGAUACACUGAUUAUUUAUUUACCAGGAUUGAAUAAGGAACAUAUAAAGCUUCAAUUGACCCAAAAAGGAAACAUGAGGAUCCAAGUCGAUCCUCACCAUAACAAGAAAUGGAUCAGCUUACAGAAAGAAUUCACUCUUCCAUUAGAUUGCGACACUAAGAAUAUUAAAGCAAAGCUUGCAGUUGACAUUCUCUACAUCAUACAACCAACUACUGCCGCCGCGAAUGAGGAGAAGGAGGAUGAGGAGGAGGAGGAAGAUGAGGAGGAUGAUGAGGAGGAGGAAACAAAAAGUGGAAUUAGUGUGGCAACAAAGCUGAUGGUGAGAUCUACUAAAAUACUUUGUAAUGUGACACUUGUAGCUAUAGUGAUAGUUGGUAUUGGCUUGUAUCUUAACACCAUGAUCAGAUCUUUCAAGGAAGCUAAUUAAGAGUGAAUAAUAGUCAGAUCAUAAUACUGCAUGAUGAUUAUGAUACAAAUGUUUUUAUUUUUUUCGUUUGAUCAUUGUUAUUGUUGUGGAUUUACUAACUUCAAAA